AUGAAGUUUAGGCAAUCUAGGUGUGAGACAGGCACCAAUGUUCACACCGGAGAAAAGCCUUACAGCUGCCAACAGUGUGGAAAGAGUUUCCCUAAAAAGGAAAAACUUAAAAGGCACAUGAUAGUUCACACUAAAGAGAAGCCUUUCACCUGCCCUCAAUGUGGAAAGAGUUUUACACAUAAAAACACUCUUAAUGACCACAUAAGAAUUCACACAGGAGAGAAAUCUUUCACCUGCCAACAGUGUGGAAAGAGUUUCAUUCUAAAAAGUUACCUUAAAAGGCACAUGAUUAUUCACACAGGAGAGAAGUCUUACCUCUGCCAUCAGUGUGGAAAGAGUUUCAGUGAACAUGGAAGCCUUAAAGUCCACUUGAGGAUUCACACAAGAGAGAGGCUUUUCACCUGCCAACAGUGUGGAAAGAGUUUCAAUGAAAAAGGAAUCCUUAGAAGGCACAUGAGGAUUCACACAGGAGAGAAGCCUUACAAAUGCCCUCAGUGUGGAAAAGGUUUUGCUCAACAAGGAAGCUUUAACAGGCACAUUAGAAUUCACACUGGAGAGAAGCCUUUCACCUGCCCUAAAUGUGGAAAGAGUUUCACACUCAAAAACACUCUUAAAGACCACAUAAGAAUUCACACAGGAGAGAAACCUUUCAACUGCCAGCAGUGUGGAAAGCGUUUCAUUCAAAAAAGAUACCUUAAUGUCCACAUGAAGAUUCACACAGGAUAGAAGUCUUUCAUCUGCCAUCAGUGUGGAAAGAGUUUCAAUGAACAUGGAAACCUUAAAGUCAAUAUGAAGAUUCACACAGGAGAGAGGCUUUUCACCUGCCAUCAGUGUGGAAAGAGUUUCAGUG